AUGAGGACGUACCCUGCGCAGAACUAUCACCGAGAUGAGGACGAGCAUUCUAGCCCGACGGUGAAGGCGAUUGCCAAGCAGGACCGUCCAAUGGCCUUAUAUGUUAUCGACGAGUUUAGAUAUGUCAGAGCAGACGGCCGUCGCUGCCACCUGAUAGGGCCGCCGGACUCCCUCACCUCGUGGCUUCCCUUAUGCCUUCCCCACGCUGCCUACCCCUACUCUUCCUACCCCUACUCUGCCUACCCCUAUAUCCUCAACGCCGAUGAUACUCUCAAGGCCACCGAAUUCCCUUACAUUUACCAAAAGGACGAACAGGAGCCAGCUGUAGAAGAGGCACGUCGUCGUCGUCGACGCGACGUCAAGAUCCCCCUCCCGUACCUCCACGCCGUGCCCACCGUCACCAAGCACACUGUGGAGACCAAGCAGUUCGAGCCGAUCGACGCCAACACCCCCGCCGACACUACCAAGAUCGAGCUCACCACCAAGGAGCACGAGAUCUCCGUGCCCGCCGUCAAGUACGUACAGCCCGUGGUCAACGUCAAGCCCGUCACCUACACUGCUCUCUCCCAUGCCGUCCUUCCCUAUGCCCAUGGCCUUCCCUACGUCCACGCUCUUCCAUACGCCCACUAUCCUGGCUUCGUCGGCGCCCCCGUCAUCAAGCUUGACGAGGAGUAACUCCAACUUUCCUGUCAUCCUUAAUCUUACUCACAAAAAACGACACUUGCUGAUGGAAACUCAUCUGUUGGAUUCGUGUUCGAAUCAAACAUACACGAUGUGUUUACCACUCUCAGUGAAAUGAAAGAAAAUAAAGUUGACAUAACAGUUCCCGAAAAU